AUGGAACCAGUGUCCUCAUGGAUGCUAGUCAGAUUCGUUUCUGUUGCACCAUGACGAGAACCCCAAGGAUCAUUUUUUACACAUGAAUCAAAUUCCCUCUCCAAUCCUGGGUUUAGGGAUGUGAGAUUUAAAGGACUGUAUGUUCUCCAACCGCCAAAAAUAUUCAUGCAAAAGAUAGAUGUCCACUUGGCAGAAACAUUUCCAUUUUUUCAGCAAGCAUUUAUUGCAUACUUUAUUCUGUGGAAGGCACUAACAAUAUGAAGAUGAAAACGAUGUGGUCCUUGCCUCCAAGGAGCUCAGAGUCUAGCAGGAAACUUCAUGAUAGCCACCAGGAGAAACCUUUGUGGAGCACUAAAAGGCUUUGUGAUAAUUAGCCAGGGAAGAAGGAUGGUGAGAGGCAUUCUGGGCAUAGCAAACAGCAAAGGCAGAGAAUCAAGAAACAGUAUGAAGGGAUGCUCAUCGUGUUAGUGGAGUAGUGGAAAGAGAAAGCAUCCAGUAGGUGACCUCUUAGAGACGUUUUGAUCUGAACCUUCUGCGAGUCUCUGCCGGCUUCCAUAAUAGUCAUUUACUCUUGUAGGCUUGUCUUGGACCAGUGCUGUAUUUCCUGGUGAAUGUUUUCAAAGGUUGUGACAUGCAUGUUAAGCACUCAUAGCUUCCCCUGCCCCCUCUGUCCCACUGCACCUGAGGUAGGUAGCUUGUUCACUAUCAUCCCUUAAAAGCUGGCUGGGCACUUGUUACCAUUUCUAGUUAUGAAGGACAAGUUUUAGGGGGCCAGGUUAUAAAAAUAAAUAGGAACAGUGAAAUUUGCUUUCUAGGUUCUCUUGCCCUAUUAAGAGACCAGAAAUACCAUCUGGUGGAAGAGCUUCCGUUCUGUGAUAACACUUUCUCCAGGGCAGCUUAUGGUCUUCACUCUUGGAGUUUUCAGCUCCUAGAAAGGCUCCCCCAAACGUGCUCCGUGUCAUCUCUCCCCCUCCUCUAGAACCUGCAUCUGCCUAUUCCUCCUUGAAUGUUUAAAUGCUCAGGAGCUUGUUCUCCUAUCAGGCUUCCUGAGAUUGAAUUCCAGUUCUUCCACUUACGAGUUGUUUGACCUUCAGCAAGUUUACUCAACCUCUCUAUUUCAGUCUCCUCAUUUGUAAAAUGGAAAUUACUCCAACUUCAUGGGGUGCCUGUGAGAAUUAAUGAGGUGAAAUAGGUAAAAUACUGGAGCUCAGUCCCUGGCAUGCACAGAAGCACUCAGUAUUGGCUCUUUUCUCCUAUAUGAACUAACUGCAAUUAACUUGGUUGUGUUUUUGGGUUUUUUUGUUUUUUUCCUAUUUCUUGGUUUUACUGCUGUCUUUCAUUCGAUGCUGAAGGAUGACAGAUAAAUGCUUACCAUCUUCUAGUAUUGGGUUCUGGCUUUUAAUGAAAGCUGAGGCUUAGCUACGUUAUUAGCUUUGGAAGUUGACCUGUAAAUUACCACCCUAAUUUAUAUUUUUCAUUAAAAGCUCAGCUUGCUACUUCUUCUAUAGAGGUCUUCUCUGCCCUGAAACCCUUGUGUUUAGCUAUAAAAAAAAAAAUUUAAGAGGCCAUAAUUCACUCCCUAUGUCAUGAGGAUUAGUGGAAUUAGUGAUAGUAAGUUGCACAGAAUAUCAUAGUCUUUUAACAAUAUAAUAGCAAAGGCUAUUUCUCAUCUUUGAAACACAAAUCAGGGAGAUACUGUGAUGAAGUAUAGAACUUGACAUAGAAACACUGGUUUUGGUUUCAGGAAAUCUGGGUCUUACACUCUUCGCGGCCACCAAAAUUCUGUGACCUCUAAUUAACCCUCUACACAUCUGCUGUGUGCCUUGCAGCGUUGAGCGUUAGAUAAGUAAGGCGCCUAACAUUAGACCUGCCUGGCACCCAGAGUCGCCCAAAUAAUAGUAGGUAUUAUGCAGUUGCUCUUUGAAAAUCUAGCCCCUUAGGAUAAUGAAAACGGGUACGUGCAGCAGUGAGAAGGGGCCUUAAAAUAAGGGCGUGGCGAUACAGUCGCGAGCUGUAAAGACUACACCUCCCGCCGGGCUUUGCAGCGAGGCAGGCCGCCUUAACUCCGUCCCCUCCCGACGCAACCGCACCUCUUUCCGCGGAGGCCCCGGAUGUAGACGCCCCCCCCACCCCCGUGGCUCAGUGGGCGUGGCCUCGCGGUGGCGCUGAGACCUGGGGCGCUCUUAUUGGUUGUGCGCUUUCCGACUUGAUUGGAUAUGGAGGAGGAGGCAGAGGCCGAGGCGCGCGGCUCUCUGGCGAUACCCAAUCAGAAACGCAACCCGGCUUUGGCGGGAGGCGGGAAAGCUGGGGCUGUGCAGAUUUGGCGCGAGCGCAGCUUGGCUCUCCUGCUGCAGGUGUGGGGUUUGUUCAGGAACUUGCCCGUGGAAGUUGUCUGCGGGAGACGUGAGAGAGAGCCGGCUCUGAGGGCUCAAGUGGUUAAAAACGGGCUCUGGAGCUAUCCUGCUUUGCUGUGACACUGGGCUUCUCUGCUUCUCAGUUUUCUUGUCUGUAAGAUAACUGUGUUGCCGUCAUGCCUCAAACCCGCUCCCAGUCACAGGCUACAAUCAAUUUUCCAAAAAAGAAACUGUCUCAGACAUUGGGCAAAGCAAAAAACUCCAGUGACACCAAACUAGAACUGACAAAUGUCAAGGCCAUACCCCGUUCACCUUGUGAAAAAAUUCUGCCUCUUAGCCCCAGAAAACGUCUGGGUGACGACAACCUGUGCAACACUCCCCGUUUACCUCCCUGUUCACCCCCAAAGCAAGGCAAGAAAGAGAAUGGUCCCCCUCGCUCACGCACACCUAAGGGGCGCAGAUUGGUAUUUGACAAUCAGCCGACAAUUAAGUCUCCCAGCAAAAGGGAACAAGCCGGAGUUCACCAAAGCAAAACACGUUCCUCAAUUCGAAAAGAUGCAGAGGUCACAACAAGUUCUGAGCAGAGAUGUCCGCUGGAGAAGGAGUCUGCUCGUAUGCGAUUGUUCAAGCAAGAAGGCACUUGCUACCAGCAAGCCAAGCAGGUCCUGACGACAGCUGUCCCGGAUCAGCUGCCUGCCAGGGAAAAGGAGAUGGAUGUCCUCAGGAAUUUCCUGAGGGAGCACAUCUGUGGGGAAAAAGCUGGAAGUCUUUAUCUUUCUGGUGCUCCUGGAACUGGAAAAACUGCCUGCUUAAGCCGAAUUCUGCAAGACCUCAAGAAGGAACUGAAAGGCUUUAAAACCGUCAUGCUGAAUUGCAUGUCCUUGAGGAGUGCCCAGGCUGUAUUCCCAGCCAUUGCUCAGGAGAUUUGUCAGGAAGAAGUAUCCAGGCCAGCUGGGAAGGACCUGAUGAGGAAACUGGAAAACCAUAUGACUGCAGAGAAGGGCCCCAUGAUUGUGUUGGUGUUGGACGAGAUGGAUCAGCUGGACAGCAAAGGGCAGGAUGUAUUGUACACACUGUUUGAAUGGCCAUGGCUGAGCAGUUCUCGAUUGGUGCUAAUUGGUAUUGCUAAUACUCUAGAUCUCACAGACAGAAUUCUGCCGAGGCUUCAAGCUAGAGAAAAGUGUAAGCCACGGCUGUUGAACUUCCCACCUUACACCAAAAAUCAGAUAGCCACUAUCUUGCAAGAUCGACUUAAUCAGGCGUCUAAAGAUCAGGUCCUAGACAGCGCCGCCGUUCAGUUCUGUGCCCGCAAGGUCUCCGCUGUUUCGGGAGAUGUUCGCAAAGCGCUAGAUGUUUGCAGGAGAGCUAUUGAAAUUGUAGAGUCAGAUGUCAAAAGCCAGACUCUCCUCAAACCACUGUCUGAAUGUAAAUCACCCUCUGAGUCACUGGUUCCCAAGCGGGUUGGUGUUAUUCACAUAUCACAAGUCCUUUCGGAAGUCGAUGGAAACAGAAUGGCCUUGAGCCAAGAAGGAGCGCAAGAUUGCUUCCCGCUUCAGCAGAAGAUCUUGGUCUGCUCCUUGCUGCUCUUGACCAGGCAUUUGAAAACUAAAGAGGUCACUCUGGGGAAGUUAUAUGAAGCCUACAGUAACGUCUGUCGAAAACAGCAGGUGGCAGCUGUGGACCAGUCCGAGUGUUUGUCACUAUCAGGGCUCUUAGAGGCCAGGGGCAUUUUUGGAUUAAAGAAAAGCAAGGAAACCCGCUUCACAAAGGUUUCCCUGAAGAUUGAAGAGAAGGAAAUAGAGCAUGCCGUCAAAGACAAAGCUUUAGUUGGAAAGAUCUUAGCUACUGGAUUGCCUUGACGUCUUUUCUUUUACACUAACACCCAACCUGAAAGUAUCCAGCUGGCACUGAGAGAGAGAUGGCAUCUUCAAUUUAGUACCUUAUACACUCAGGUCUGAAAGCAAACGUGACCUUUUUAUUUAAAACUGAUAAAAUUUAAUCUACAGAUUUGUGAAUAUUACCACAGAAUUCUAUCUUUGGGUCUUACUAUUAUGUUUGUGCAUUAAAAAAAACUACCAUGUAGGAGUUCCCUGUGGCACAGCCGGUUACAUAUCUGGCGUUGUCACUGUAGUGGCUCGGGUUGCUGCCGAGGCACGGGUUCGAUCCCUGGCCUGGCAGCUUCCACGUGCCAUGGACGAGGCCAAAACAAAAGACUGCAGAGUAGGCCCUUUUUAACUAUAUUCACUACUACCUCUAAUGUGUCUCUAACCAAUGUACUUGCCAGUAUACAGAUUUAUGUCAUGGAAAGUUUGUAUAUUUAUUUCUUAGUUUGCUCACACAUUGGUGUAUUUUAAAGAACUUUUGGACCAGAAGAAGAAGGAUGAUCCAGGAAAGUAAGCAAGUCCACAUGGAGAUUCGCAGGACACUUGGAUGAGAGUAUCUCUUUUUGAAGUAUACUGUGUUCUUGUUGCAGAUACUUCCACAUUGUGACAUUUUAAAGCCUCAUGGAGUUUCUCAGGCAUUCCCAAGGUUGUGGGGGUGGUAAGGAGAGUGGGACUCUUUGGAUUGUGAAUAUAUUUAUUUUCAAGUUG